AUGUCUGCUGUUCCUCGUAAACAAGCCCCACGUAUUGCACGGCCCGCUGCACGAUAUUGGAAAGGAAAGGCUCCAAAGGGAGUUGCUGAGGUCGAGUCUGACUCUGAUGAGGAGGCGCCCGAAGUUGAGGAAGAACGCGAUGUCCUUAUUGGAGACAUUGUUCAGGAAGACGAUGAAGACCUACCGACUGCUCAGAAUGUUUCAAAGGCUAGAAUAAAGGCUAUGAAUGUGUCUUUGAAAGAUGUAAAUAUCUCGAAAGAUGGAAAGGUUAUCGUUGCAGGCAGAGACGAGUCAGGUCGAACAGCGCUAGAGGACGAGGAAGGAUCUGAAGAAGAGGAGUCUGAUGAAGAAACGAAGCCUGGUCAACUGAAGGAGGAAUCCGACGAGUCUAGCGAAUACGAGACAGACUCAGAAGAUGAAAAGCCAAAGAUUCAGCUGAGGCCUGUAUUCGUUCCAAAGCGCAAUCGACUCACUAUUGCUGAGAAAGAGGCUCUGGCUGCAGACUCAGGAGAAGCACAGAGAAAGAAAGAGUUGGAGCUUGAAGAACGGAAAAAGCAGAGCCACGACCUGGUAGCAGAAAGCAUUAGGCGGGAACUAGCUGAAAAGGAGAAGGAGGAUGAUAUACCGGAUGUUGACGACACUGAUGGCUUGGACCCUCCUGGCGAAUUCGAGGCUUGGCGACUGCGCGAACUUGGACGAAUCAAGAAGGAGAAGGAGGAAGAGAUUCGCAGAGAAGAGGAGCGAGAAGAAAUUGAACGGCGUAGAGCCUUGCCUGAGGCGCAGCGUUUGAAGGAGGACCUCGAACACGCUCGAAAGCUUCGGGACGAAAAGCCCAAAGGCCAGCAGAAGUUUCUUCAAAAGUAUUGGCACAAAGGCGCCUUCCAUCAGGACGAAGAGAUUCUCAAGCGCCACGACUACACUGAAGCUACCGAAUCUACGGUCGACGUUUCAUCCCUACCCAAAGUCAUGCAAGUCAAAAAUUUUGGCAAGAGAAGCCGAACAAAAUAUACACAUUUAUUGGAUCAAGAUACCACAGUCCCUACUGGAGGAUUUGGCGGCAUUGCGCCUGUUAAAUCAGGAGGAAAAUCCCUUGAAGGAGGGGGUUGCUUCUUGUGCGGUGGCCCACACUUGAAAAAAGGUAAUUUGAUUUGUAUGUCGACCAUCGUUCCUUAUUAUUAUUCCCAGAUUGUCCACAAAAUACGGGACCCCUACCACUAUCGGGUCGGGGCCCUGGAACAGGCUCGAACAACGUUUCGGGAGCAUCGCGUUCAUGGGGCGCACCUCCCCCACCACAGGACGGACAGUCAUGGCGAUCGAAUGACGACGUCCGAGAUGAUGGUGGCCGAAGCAGAGGCCAUGUACGGGACAACGAUGGCCGGGGAGCACGUCGAGGAGAUGGUGGUUAUCGCCGACAUGACAGAAGUAAACCGGGUGACCGCUAUGAUUAUGAUUCUCGAGACUCGAGGCGUAGGUCCCGAUCUCCGCGUCGCACACCCGACGGUCAUGAUGAUAGCGACAGAGACUAUCGACACAGGGAACGGCGGCAUUCUAGAGACCGUCUUGAUGACCGAGAUCAUAGGGAGAAGCGAAGACGGAUAA